AUGGCUAUUCUCUCUGGGCGCCCAUUGCAUUGGGCCAUUACUGCCACUGCUGGCAGUGGCUUUCUCCUUUUUGGUUAUGACCAAGGAGUCAUGUCCGGUCUCUUGACUGGCAAUGCAUUCACGGCUCAAUUUCCUGAGAUCAACACAAACGAAGGCGCAAAUGGCAGUGCUUCUCUCCAAGGCACCGUUGUCGCCAUUUACGAGAUUGGCUGUUUCUUUGGCUCACUUCUGGCUCUGGUGUUUGGUGAGAAGAUUGGUCGGAAACGGACCAUUAUGCUCGGUUCCCUCAUCCUCUGUGUGGGCGGUGCUCUCCAGGCCUCCGCUUACUCCAUUGCACACAUGAUCGUUGGUCGUAUAGUCGCUGGUCUCGGUAAUGGUCUCAAUACUAGCACAAUCCCUGUUUGGCACUCCGAAUUGAUGAUAGCCCAUAAGCGCGGAAAGGGUUUGAGCAUUGAACUGGCGAUUAAUAUCUUUGGUGUGAUGACUGCCUACUGGGUCGAUUACGGAAUGUCGUAUGUGGACAAUGAGUCCCAGUUCCGCUUUCCGCUAGCCCUUCAGUGCUUAUUUGCAUUGUUCACAUUCUUUGCAAUCAUGCCCCUACCUGAAUCGCCACGAUGGCUCAUUGCUCAAGACAAACACGACGAAGCCCGAACGACACUCAACUCUCUUCUCGCCAAGACAACAGCCGACGACGACGUUCAGGAGGUCGUCAGAGUGGAAAUGGAAGAGAUUCAACACGCCAUUCACGAAGAGCGCGAGGCAUCAGAAGGCAGCUCGUACAGAGCCAUGUUCAAGAAUGGAAAGCAAAAGUUCCUUUACAGAACGAUGCUCGGUAUCGGCGGCCAGUUCAUGCAGCAGCUCUCUGGUAUCAACCUCAUCACCUAUUACGCGCCAACCAUCUUCCAGAGCUCGGUCGGACUGUCGCACAACCUGUCCCUCUUGCUGGCAGGAUUCAACGGUGUCGCAUACUUCUUCUCCUCGCUGAUACCCAUUUGGGUCAUUGAUCGAUUGGGUCGUCGCAAACUGAUGCUCUUUGCUGCUGCCGGUCAGGGUGUCUGUAUGGCUAUUCUCGCUGGAACCGUUCAUAACGGCUCGGCACCUGCCGGUAUUGUAGCCUCGGUCAUGCUCUUUUUGUUUAACUUUUUCUUUGCUGUUGGGCUUCUUGCUAUUCCUUGGUUGCUACCUGCUGAAUAUGCACCACUCGCCAUUCGCCAGCGAGCUGCUGCUCUCGCCUCGGCAUCGAACUGGAUCUUCACCUUCCUCGUCGUCGAAAUUACCCCAGUUAGUAUUAAGAAUAUUGGGUGGCGCACAUACGUCUACUUUUGCAUUUUCAACUUUUGCUUCCUGCCACUAAUCUACUUCUUCUACCCCGAGACUCGAAACUUGUCUCUUGAGCAGAUCGACAAGCUGUUCACGGGCGAAAAGGUUCUCCUUCAUUGGCAGCCCUCGAUGGGCGAAGUCGGUACUGGCAACACUGGUUCCAAACGUGCAGUGGAACAAGUUGAGAAGAGCGAGCAAGUAGAAAACACGGAAGCGGUUAGCCCGUAA